AUGGAGUCGUCGGCUAGCACGGUCGCUGUCUCGCCGCGGCCGCACGUCAUGCUGGUCGCCAGCCCCGGCACCGGCCACCUCAUCCCGAUGACCGAGCUCGCUCGGCGGCUCGUCGCGCACCACAGCCUCACCGCCACGCUCGUCACCUUCACCGACCAAUCGGCGCCGAACGCCCACUCCGCCGUCCUUUCGUCCCUCAGCGCCACCCAAGUCUCCGCCGUCGCUCUCCCCGCCGUCGCCCUCGACGACCUCCUCUCUGACGCCCACAUCGGGACCUCCGUGCCCAUCUCCAUCCCGCACCUCCGUGCCCUGCUCCGCGACAUCACCUCCGCCGCCCCGCUCGCCGUGCUGGUGCCGGACUUCUUCGGCUCCACGUUGCUGCCCCUCGCCGCCGAGCUCGGCGUCCCGGCCUACAUCUUCUCGCCCAGCAACCUCAGCGUGCUCGCCCUCAUGCGCAACGCUGUGGAGCUCAACGAUGGGGCUGCUUCCGGCUGCAUGAUUGCAUCUAAUCCGAUCUUGACCGAGGUCAAUAAUUCCAACACCGGCGAGUACCGUGACCUCCCGGACGUUCUCCGGCUUCCCGGGGGCGUGCUGCUGCGCCGCGAGGACUACACAGACAAUUUCAAGAACAGCAAGGAACCGAUCUACGCGCACGUCAUCGAGGAGGGCCGCCGGUACCGCGCGGCCGACGGCUUCCUGGUGAACUCCUUCCACGAGAUGGAGCCCGGCAGCGUGGAGGAGUUCAAACAAGCGGUGGAGCAAGGUACGUUCCCGCCUGUUUACCCUGUGGGGCCGCUCAUCCGUCCAUGCUCCGACGAAGAUGACGCGUCGGCGUGCUUGGACUGGCUGGAUCGCCAGCUAACGGGAUCCGUGGUGUACGUCUCCUUUGGGAGCGCCGGCGCGCUGUCCGUGGAGCAGACGGCCGAGCUCGCCGCCGGGCUGGAGGGCAGCGGGCACAGGUUCCUCUGGGUCAUGCGCAUGCCAAGCCUGGACGGAGGUAACGACAAGGACGACCCGCUGGCCUGGCUUCCCGAGGGGUUCUUGGAGCGGACGAGCGGCCGUGGCGGCGUGGGCGCCGCAGGUGCGGUGCUCUCCCACCCCGCGACGGCGGCGUUCGUGUCGCACUGCGGCUGGAACUCGACGCUGGAGAGCGUGGCGUCCGGCGUGCCGAUGGUCGCGUGGCCGCUGUACGCGGAGCAGAGCACGAACGCCGCGCCCGCGCUCCUGUCGGAGAACGUGGCGCUGCGGCUGCGCGCGACGCGGGCGGACGGGCUCAUCGCGCGCGAGGAGAUCGCGGCGGCCGUGCGGCAGGUGAUGGGUGGGGAGGAGAAGGGGCGCACCGUGCGCCGCCGGGCCGGGGAGCUGCAGCGGGCGGCGGCGCGGGCGUGCGUGCCCGGGGGGUCGUCCUGGCAGAUGCUGGAGGAGGUCGCCGGCAAGUGGAAGGCGGCGGCGCUUGGCAGGCAGAAGCGGCAGAAGACUUGCAAGCGCAGAGACAAGUGAUCGUCGAUGUGCAUGGAUCAUCGACUCAGUGCAGUUCGGUUUGUGCUACCUGACGAUGAAAAUAAUGAAUCUGUGUGCUUUUCAUCUCCACUACGUGAUGAGCAGCUGGCAGGGUAUAGGCAUCAAUGAAUGCUCAAAACCGGGCGGCUAUAGGCAUCAAUGUACAUACAAACUAGUCCUAACGAGGGAUGGAUAUAUGUUGGAGUUGACCCAAGAUACAGGGAUGAGGCGUUCUAGUAAACAAAGAAAAUGGUACUUAGAUAAGGGCACGUACAACGCCCGUCCG